AUGUCUCCUUGCCUUUCGUCAUUCCCUUUUCCCCAAUUUUCCUCCCACUGUUCGCCCACUGUUCGCCCCAAUCAAUCCUCCACUUUCUCUGUGCCCCUCCCAAAACGUUUCCCACCCCCCUUCUCCUCCUCCUCCUCCUCCUCCUCCUCCCUCCUCCUUCACCUCUCCCGCUUCCCCCCUCUACUCCCCCUCCUCCCUUACUCUUCCCCCACUCUUCCCUCCCCUCUCCCCCGUCCCUUCGUCCUCCCCCUCCCCCCCCCCUCUCCCCCCUCUCUCCUCCUCCCUCCGUCCCCCCCUUCUCCACCCCCUCCUUCUCCUCCUCCAGGGCACGUGCCUGUAGCCCUCGCCUCCAGCUCACCGCGGGGCAUCAUUGCCACCAAGCUCGCCCUGCAACCAGGAUGGCAGGAACUGUUUGCAGUGACAGUAGCGGGGGAGGAGGUGGCACAGGGCAAACCAGCUCCUGACAUUUUUCUGAGGGCUGCAAAGCUAAUGGGGGCUAAGCCAUCGGAAUGCCUUGUGUUUGAGGACGCCCCUGCAGGUGUGCAGGCAGCCAGGGCAGCGGGCAUGUAUGUCAUCGCAGUGCCUUCUCUGCCCCAGAAGGCUGCACGGGCACUCUACUCUUCUGCACACCAGAUUCUUGCUUCGCUAUUAGACUUUCAACCAGCUGACUGGGGCCUACCGCCGUUCACAGAUUGGGUGCAUGCAUCACUGCCCAUCGAUCCAUGGUACAUGAAAGGGCCUGUUAUCAAGGGCUACGGCAGGGGAUCCAAGCUCCUGGGCAUUCCCACAGCCAACCUGCCGUCCUCGUCAUUUGCAGGGCACCUGGCAGAGCACACGUGUGGGAUCUACCAUGGGUGGGCAGCGUUACCAGGGAGGGGCGUGUUCAAGAUGGUUAUGAGCGUGGGCUGGAAUCCCUUCUUUAACAACACGCAUAAGACAGUGGAGCCCUGGUUGUUGCAUGACUUUGGGGAGGACUUCUAUGGGGAGGAGCUAAGGCUGUUGGUUGUGGGGUACAUUCGUGCAGAGGCUGACUUCCCUGACCUGCCUUCAUUGAUUGCACGCAUUCACCGGGAUGGGGAAAUCGCACGCAAAGCGCUAGACCACCCACCCUUCGCUGUCUACAAGACUGACCCUUUCCUCAACCUUCCUUAA